AUGCCUAAGAGCAGAAAACAAACGCAACAUAUCAAGGAGAGCCCACAUUGCAAAGUCACUGACUCCCCGCAGUUCUCUUCUCCUUAAGUCACACUCUGAACACGUACAUUUGAGUCAGCUAUGGAAGGAGCUGCACAGAAGAAAACCAAAGUACGUUCCCAAACCUGGCACAAGAGUUUCAGCUCCCAAAAGCUCUUGGAGCCCUUCUGCAGCGUGUGGUAGUAACUGUCACAUCAGCUACAUGGUGAUUGCAGACUACCUAAUAAAUGUAGGCAGCAAAUGACAGCUGCUAUCUCAGAGCAAAAUGGUAGUUUUGCCAUUCUCCUUUCAAAAGUCAUUGAGCAUUAGUAGGUGGCCCGACUUAUUUCAGCUGUAUUUAAAGUGCCACAGUGCUUGGAAACAUCCAUCUCAUUUGCUUGACGGUUUAGGCAGAAAUAAAAGAGUCUUGACAAAAGGUGACAAAAAACAAACAAAAAUCUAACAUUCAUUAAAAUUAGCGGUGAUUUAAGGAUAGAUUAAAUAGAAACUAUAAGGGAUGAAAAGGUAGAAGACCAGAAAAGGAUAGUAGACCAGGAAAACAGAGCAAGGAAAUUGGUUACUCCAGCUGCAGAGCACAUAGCUGUGAGGACAGAAUAGAAGCCCACAAUAGAUGAGUAACUUUGAGUGGGGAAUUCAAGAGACUAAUAGGCUAAUUGGUAUCUUUGGAACUGCAUGAAUGAAACAACCUUUCAGCACAGAUUUUCAUAGUGUCUGAGAAAGCAACAGAUUUUAUCAGCCUUCAGUGGCAGAACAAGGUUUCUUCAAAGCUCCUGUCCACUAACCACAGAUACUUACUGUCAUCUGCCCUGCUGAAUGAAAUAGGGCUGUGUGAGACUCAUGCAAAUGAGUCACCCAUGCAAACCUGAAUCACUACCUCACGCUCUGGAUUUAAAUUUAAAACAGACAAGAGAUUAUUUCCAGCCUCAUUUGGAAGUCUCGCUGAUACAACAAGCCAUUAGAAGCAGCAGGAGGGAAGAAACAGCCUGAUUCAAGAUGGGCUCCACGUUGACGUCCAUGUUGACGGUUCUCAAGCAAUCUGGGUGCCUGUCUCAGCUGGAGCUUGCUUUCUCCUCAGGCAGAGUGUGGGCUGAUGCUUUGCCACUUUACACACCUACUUCCUGCAAUCCUGGCAAUUACCAAUAGUGUAAAACCCAGUUUCUGACGUGGCUGACUCAGCAAGGGCUUGGCUCAAAACAAAUACAUACGAACAAGGAACUGCAGCCUGGGAAGCAGUGACAAGAAGCACAUGAAGAGAAGGCGGCGUUGUGGAUUUUUAUUGCUCUAGGUCCAAUUUGGCUCAAUUGCUCCUGGACUUUCUUCUUCCAGCAUCUCAGAACGUGGUGGUCACCGUUCUCUCAGUACUUCAGCAGUUUCUCUUCUCUGCCAGUUGGACUCGGGUGCAGCUCCAACACACCCUACAGGUACAGGGGAGGAAGAGGUUGUUCCUGUUGUGCGACUUGCUGCUGAGCCUGGGACUGAAGUUCGACACCUGACUGUGAAGAGUCAGCAGUUUUCUUCUUUUCUUUGCUUUUUAUCAGCAUGGAUACUUGGCGGAGAGGAUCCAUUAAAUCCACAACGUUCUUCAGACGUUUCUCACUCAGGAGACACAAAAAGCUGGGCAACCAGGUCAUUAUCUUGAACAAGAACAGCCACACGCUGGACAAUGAUGGACAGUGCCAGAAGAGGGAAUGCUUGAGGGAUCUGAAGGACAAGUCUGAUUACCUGUCAUGUCAGAGUGAGCAAAACCUGGCCAAGGCACAAGCACCUCCUAAGCCUCCCCGGCUGUACCUGGACAGCUCUAGCUGCCCUAACAUCAUUGAUCACACAGAUUCCCACUCCGAUGUCUCCUUUUCUGGUACUUCUCAUCAAUACAACAAAGCCACUCAAACGCAGUUCCACAAGGACCAGGCUACAGACUGCGUGACUUCAGAGACUGGUUCCCAGAACAGCACCACUCUUUCUGAUCUGUCUGAUCCUUUCCUGUCCUUCAAAGUGGAUUUGGGGCUAUCGCUUCUCGAGGAUGUUCUGCAGACCCUCAGGAAACAGAAUCCAAGAGAUUAUGCCAUUUGAAGGUAUUUAUCACUUAAUGUAUCACAUUUACCCACUGCCGAUGCCGUUUUCUCUAGUCCUGAUGGGAAGAAGGAUACUGUAGGACCCCUGUUGUGCGUGGUCUGUUUUAUUGUUGUUGCCUUACCCAUCACAGACUGUUCUUGUCCUCGCCGAGAAGUCCUUCAGAGCAGAGCUGACAGGCUCCGCGCCUAGAUGAGAGCACUGUCUGCUGGAACUUUGUGGGCAAGUUUCCAUUCUCCACACUGGGAAUUUCUCACCCUUGACUGUGUAUUUCCUCCACAUAGAAGACUGGUAUUCUUUGACUAAAGACUUUUUUGGGGGAUGUGGCUGUGACAUGGCAGAGUUUGGACAGAAAGGGGUAUGGCAUACACAAUUUGUGGAUAAGCAGGCAGCCUAUAAUGAGACAGUGUUAUUAUCUCAAAACCAUAGCUAUGACAAGGGUCAAGAGACAGAAACUGAUGUUUCUUCUCUCAACAUAUUGGUAUGUGGAAAAAUCGAAGCUGUUCCUCUCCCUUUGUUUCUUUUCAUGUGAGCUUCCCCCCUCCCCCAUAAUUCAAAUGCAGUUGGUACUUGCAGCCUGGAAACAGGUAACCAUCUAUAUAAGCUCAUAAUACAGGAACAGCAGUUUAUUUAGCCUACUAGCAGAAGAAAUUUCUCUAGAUACUGCUGCUUGAAGCAUGCACUGACCUAUCAGCUGUAUAGACAUGGAAGAAUAAAUGUAUCUGUGACUAGAA